AAUAAUUUAAUGCAGUAAAAUUUAUAACAUUACCUACUCUAUUACUACCUGAAAUUGACCUUGAUUGUAUGAAAAUGACAGAACAAUUUAGUGUACUUAAGCAGUUGUAGUUUGAUCUUUGACUUAAAAACUAAUUGUGUCUGUUGCAUAUUACAUAUAUAAUAUAAUUAUUUAUUACUCACUGCUGUAAGAACUACAGCGAACAUUUUCCUCAUUAUUUAAAAACAAAUACUAUGAUAUCCUGGUGACCAAACUCAAUUAAAAUGCGUAAAAUAACUGUAUAAAGUUGGAAAAUAAUUACGGUAUUUAAUAUGGAAUUGAAGGAGUGGAAUUUAAAAGUACCAUGGGGAAAUAUUGCAUUGCUAUCACGUGGCAAUACCAGUGGAGAACCAGUAUUAUUAGUUCAUGGUCGCCUGGACAGUGCAGCAACAUUUCUACCUCUACUAAAGUUGAUACCUGCAAAGUAUUAUUGUGUCCUGGUUGACUUGCCAGGUAAUGGCAAGUCAGAUCCUUUCCCAAAAGGAAUGGUCCUCUCCCGUUUCAUUGGUGUACCCAUCAUAGAUUUAGUAGUGCAACAUUUGGGAUGGGAAAAGUUCACUUAUAUUGGCCAUUCCCUUGGUUCUGAACAGGGAAUGUUCUACGCUUCGAUUUACCCAAAACGAGUGAAAAAAGCGGUCUAUUUAGACCCGGGACCGUCGCUCGAAUAUUGCAAUGCGGUAAAUUAUAAACGAUUUUUCAAGUCAUAUCAGAAUUUUUAUGAUAAUUACCAUAAAUACGAUAGUGAGAGGGAAUACACGAAAGAGCAGGCGAUGAGGUCCGUUCUUAAUGCGAGGGCUAUUAAUGAGGAGGAAGCGGAGAUAGUACUGUCAAGGUGCCUGGUGGAAACGGGGCCCAAUUUGUAUAGAUUAUCCUGGGAUAGGCGUUACAAAAUCACCCCCGGAUUUAAUUCGCUUCCACAACAAUUUUAUAUAGAUUUAUUUUCCCAACAUCGGACGCCGUCGUUAUUUAUUUGUGCCAGCGUCAUGACAGAUUUGUACUACCAGCAGUCAAAUCUAUCUGUCAAACUUAUGUCCCAUAUGUCAGAAGAGAAUAAGAAUGUCAAUGUCAUUUGGGUCGAAGGCGGCCAUGAUGUCCAUUUGACGAAUCCAGAGAGGUUUAUAAAUGAAUUGUUGAUGUUUUUGGAUAAUGAUUUUGUUAUUUCGAAAUUAUAGAUUUUUAUGUAAAAGUUUU